GGCGGCCUCGGUUUGUCUCCUGAAUGCUUUGGCCAUCUCACUCAUCUUCUCUCCACAGUUUGCCACCUCGAGCCGAUCUCUCAAUCUAAUUUACCGAAAUUUCCGUCGGGACCACCCUCCUCCAUAGAUGAGACCCACACAAUCUCUUCUUUUGAUUCGAACGACAUGUUUAUCCAAAGUUCUGCUCGUACCAGAAAAGGAGGCUUAGUUCUUGCACUUGAAGGCGGUUACCAUCCAGCUGCCACAGCGGAGGCACUUUGUCACUCAGUCGCCAGCCUUCUCGGCGACUCAUGUUGUCGCCUUAGCCAAGGACUCGCUCCGACAGAAAGGUUCUUUCUCUUGCCUCAUUAA